AUGUUUCUAGCAGAGAUCUUCCUUGAAAUCCUAUUAAAGUUACCGGUGAAAUCAACAUUCGUUUGUAAGUGUGUUUGCAAGGCUUGGUUUUCCUUGAUUUCUGAUCCUAGUUUUGUUAAAUCGCAUCUUAAUCUUACUAUCCAAAGAAAAAAAUCUAAUCUCAUUCUUAGAGGUAUCGACCAAAGUAGGAGUUAUGACUGUAGCGUAAUCUACUCCGUAAGCCAUAAUUCGUUACAAUCAUUAUUGUCUGCAGAUAAAGAAUUUCUUGAAUAUGCAGUAGAAAUGGAUUACCCAUUCAAAUCCUUGUACAUUUCAGUUAAAUUAAUGGGUUGUUGUGAUGGUUUAGUUUGCCUUUGCAUGAUUGGUUUCGGUUAUGAUUCUAAGAGUGAGGAUUACAAGGUUGUAACCGGGAAUAACAGUGUAGUCGAAGUCUAUUCGUUAAAAUUGAAUUCGUGGAGAAUUAUCGAAAAUGCAUCUUAUAUUUUCCCGAAUCGAGUAGUUGGGAUAUUUAUUAAUGGAGAUCUUCAUUGGUUAGCUCAGACACAAGACUGCUCCCCAGUUGUAGUUUCUUUAGAUAUUGGUGACCAGAUAUUCAAAGAAAUUCAACUACCAAACGAGCAUUCGAUGAAUAAGAACGAUGAUGAUAGGCAUAUCUCUAUGACACUGGGGAUGUUGGAACGGUGCUUUUGUAUUCUUUUUAAUGUUACUAAUGCUCAUUCUGAAGUAUGGGUAAUGCGGGAUUAUGGAGUUGGGGGAUCUUGGACUAAACGAUAUAGUAUUAACAACGAAAGAAUUAUGAAUUACUAUUUAGCUCAUCUUAUGUGGUCUUUUAGCGGUGAGUUACUAUUUGGGAUUUAUUCUUCUGAUGAAAUAGCUAUAAUAUACGAUCUUAUAAAUGGAAGUGUUAGGAAACUAAACAUGCCUAGUUUAACACAGUUUGACCAAGAAGGGUGUUAUUACGAAAGCUUAGUUUCACUUGGGUCUGGUACUUAUGUUGGGGAAGAAGAAGAGGCCACUAGGUAG